CUACUUUCAUUUGUCUCUCCAGACAGGAAGCCUCUUCCUCCUUUCACUGAGAUCAGAAUAGUUUUGCUUGGAAAAACUGGCAGUGGGAAAAGCUGCACUGCUAACUCCAUUUUAGGUCGUAAGGCCUUUGACUCAAAGGUUGGAGGCUCCUCCGUCACGCAGCGCUGUCGCAGGGCCAGCGGAGAUAUUCGUGGGCGACACCUACUGCUCCUGGACACUCCGGGGCUGCUGGACACUCAUCAAACGCCACAAGACGUGCAGAGAGAGCUGCGGAGAAGCGUGAGUCUCCUGUAUCCUGGGCCUCAUGUUUUCCUUCUUAUUGUCCAGAUUGGGAGGUUCACUCCGGAGGAGAAAGAAGCAGUGCGUCAGUUCAAACUGGCCAUGGGUGCUCAGGCCUUGCAGUUUGCAGUGGUGGUUUUCACUCAUGGAGACUUUUUGCAGGAAGGAACCUCUGUGAAGGAGUGUCUAAUCGAUCAGUGCAAUGAAUUGACUGAGCUUGUGGACGAGUGCGGCGGUAGGUAUUGUGUCUUUAACAACAACAGCUCCAAAAACAAAGGGCAGGUUCUUGAGUUGCUCACUUUAGUGGACUGCAUGAUGCAGGGCAAUGAGGGCGGCUACUACACCAGCAAGAUUCUUCAAAAGGAGGAGAAGAAGAUGUUGGCUGAGAAAGAGGAGCUGUUUAAAAAACAGGAGGAGGCUGUAAUGAAAGAUUGGUAUGAAAGAAAGCUGGAAGAUGUUCUGCAAAAAUCCAGGGGUGAGAUAGAGGAACUGAAGAAAAAACACGAGCUGGAGAACCAGUCUGAGAAGAGGCAGGCAAGAAACCUAGUGGAAUCCUUCAAACAAGAAAUAGAGCAACAUUUGAAAAAAGAGAAGGAACAGAAGACGAUGGAGAUGUUGAGGGUGAUGGCGAUCCGUCAAGAGGAAGAGAGGAAGAGGGAGGCUCUACAAGAGAAUCUUGACAAGGUGUCCAAAAUGCUGGAGGAGCAGGUUAAGCAAGAGGAUAAAAUAAAAAGAGCAAUGGAGGAGAAGAUUGAAAAGAACAGAGUGGAAAGCCUCAUGAAAGAGAGGGAGAGAGAACUUCAGCAGAUUCAAAAGGAGCAGGCCAUCAGGCAGAGGGAGGCAGUGAGGAGGGAGGCUCUGCAGAAGGAGCUGGAUAAACUCACCUUUAGCUUGAAAAACCAGGUCGAGAGGGAGGAGGAGAGGACAAGGAAAAUGGCCAUCGAACUCAGGCAUGAGAGGGAUGAGAAUCAGAGGAUACGGGACAUUCAGAUGGAAAAACUAAGAGAGGAAAAAAGAAGAACUCAGGCUUUGAAUCAAGAGCUGAAUCACAUCAAAAUGCAAAUACAGAAACAAAAGUCAGUGGAGGAAAGUCUGGCAAUACACCUGGAGCAGAACCUGCAGAAGGAGAGAGAAAGGUGUGUGCAAGAAAUAUUACUGCUGAAAAAGAAUUUCGACAAGAGGUGUCGAGAAGUGAGCGUUGAUACCGCAAAAAUGGAUUCUGCAAAAAAGGACAGUGCAGUGACAGUUGUUACUGGUUAUGCCCAGGAGAUGGGGCUGUUGCUUGUCAACCUAGCACUGGAAAAGGUCAGAGCUCCUUGCGCCAUACAGUAACCACGUGAAUAUAUUUUAAUAAUAUGUAUAACAAACAAUGAUCUGAUAGCUUAUCUUUUUCUUGUAUUCUCUGCACUAAAAAAAUCACAAUAAAAAGUCUGACCUCUUUUAUCUUGUAGA